AUGGCUGCGUACUCGGCUUCUGGUGCGAAAUUGUUUCUCUUCCAAGCACUAGGGGCAGAAUCGGUCUUAGCAAUCAGGGCAGCCGUGGCAGCCUCCGUGGAAAGCUCUCUCUUGUAUGGAUGGAUGGAGAGGUCGCUGGAAGAGGCCAACAAUGCCGCAGUGUCGGAGGCAGAAGGGUCAACACCCAGGUUGACCUUUGCUGGGUUGUUGUAG